AUGGGGUCGUCGUCUAACCUUGUUGAAAAGUCUGACUCGUUGAAAAGGGAAAAAGAUUUAAGAGAGCAAGCUUCAGGUUGUAAAGCUACUAGUGACAAAGGUAGUAUUGGUUGUAAUUUUCAACCGAAUCUUCCAGAGGGCAUUUCACCUUGCCAACUCUACUUAUCAUCACCAACUUAUCGGAUGGUUGGCAAGGGAAAAGUGCAUAAUACUUUGGGAGAAUUACUUCACACUAGACCGCUCCCUACUGGCUGUUUAAAAGUAUCAGUUGACAUUGCUGUAGAGAAGGAUGCGUUAUUACCGCAUCCUGACGAUGUUUCGGAUGCCACAUUGGUGGGAGAUGCAAUAGGUUCGUUUGUUGCAUGGCCGUCAAGCCUUAUUAGUGUAGAUGAUGAGAGUACUCCAACAAAAUCCAAAGCAAAAGACAAGGAGCCUCCGCGGAAAAUCGAGUCAGUUACAUCAAUAAAACAGAUGCAUGCUCAAGAGAUUGAAGAUGUCAGUAAGGGUAAGAAGCCUGAAAAGGUCGUUGUUAAGACCGCGGCUAAGAAAAAACCUAAUCCUAGUAAGUUUAGGUCGUGCCUUUUAACUUCUUUAGAACUCUCUGAUAUUCCGCAAGGAAACACCCGUCUUGUGCCUAUGGAGGAAGAUGUGUUUGGUAUUGAGCAUCAAGAAACAAUUGGUAUGGAGGAUUUUGAACAAAUUUUUGAACAUACGCAAUUAGGCCUCGGUGUUAUUGAUACAUACAUAAGGUUUUUGUAUGAAAGAUUGAUGCACCCGACUGGAUUGAGAUUGAGGCAAAGAUUCGCUUUCUUAGCUCCCUUCAUUACCAACUUAGGGUUAAUGAUAUCUAAACCGGAUGAAGUCAUGGCGUAUGUACUCAAUCGUUUUAUGGCCAGCAUAAAUUCAGAAAAGUUAUUCUUUUUACCGUUUAAUACUGGCAACGGUGGACAUUGGUUGUUGGUCGCGAUUAAUCCUAUCAGUGAAGUUGUAUAUUUUCUGGAUUCCUUACACAAUCCAGUUAGUACAUACGAAGCUAUGAAGAAUUUGGUUGAUACCGUUAUACAAGUUUUUCGAGCACAAAGAGGAAGUCAAGUACCAAAGAGUAAAGCCAACAACAUCACAUGGAUUCAAGUGGAGUGUCCUAGGCAGCGUAAUGAAGUAGAUUGCGGUUUUUACAUGUUGCAGUUUAUGAAAGAAAUUCUUCUUUCGAAUCAAAUAGAGAUUCCGUCCAAGUAUUUUGACGACUUCAAGUGUGCUACUUACUCAAAAUCUAAGAUGGAUGAACUUAAGGAGGAAUGGUGUCAAUUCAUGAUUGAGUUGAAAGUUGUAUAGGAUAUUGAAGGGUAAAAAGGUUAGCUGGCAAGAAGGAAAAGUAGAUAUUAAGCAUCCUUUUGACUUUUGUAAAAAAUAACAAUGUUUUGGAUAAUGCAAUUGUUUUCAUUGAAUUGGAUGUAAUUUUGUUGUUU